CAUCCCAACCCAAGGUCUUAUAAUCUGCUCACUCCUGAUUCCCGUGCCUGUUGAGUCUUCCUGGGAGUCACAACAACAUCCAAGAUGCCCGUCGACUACAGUGGGACAUGGAACCUUGUCAGCAAUGUCAAUUUUGAGGGAUACAUGGUUGCGCUUGGCAUCGACAUUGUCACACGCAAGAUUGCCGCGCUGUUGAAGCCUCAGAAGGUGAUUGAGCAAGAUGGAGAAUGUUUCACCAUCAUGACUUCCACUACUCUCAGAAAUUACGAGUGCUCGUUCAAAAUUGGAGAAGAGUACAGAGAGGUGACGACAGGGAUGGACAACCGGACAUGCCAGACGGUGGUCACCUGGGAAAAUGAUAAGCUGGUGUGUGUUCAAAAAGGAAAGAAGAAGAACAGGGGUUGGACGCACUGGAUUCAGGGAGAUGAGCUUCAUUUGGAACUUACCUGUGAGGACUCAGUCUGCAAGCAAAUAUAUAAAAGGACUGUGUGAUUUAUUGUGCCUACGAUUGUUGAUAUCAGCUAAAACAAUUUCUGACUCAAGAGAAAUUCAAUUACUGUAUUUGUAUUAAAUCAUUAUGCUAAACUGUUAGCGGUGGAAGAAGUAGUUGAAUGCUUUAGUACAAGUACAAAUGUAAAAGUAUUGCAUUCAAAAUGCUGGGUAAGUAAAAAUGACAAAAGUAUUGAUGUACUUGGUGCAAAUGAUCUGUUCUGUAUAAUAAAUACACCUGAGUGAUAUAUUAUUUGUUGU